CGUCACAGCUAAAGGCCAAACCCACAAUACAUACUGGGCUAAUAUGCUAAGAUCUCAUGCUAGCUGGCUAGCCGUUUGUUUGAGAAAUAACGCUUAAUAAUGUAAAGUAAUCGGAAUAUAAUUGUAUGAAUGUGGCUUGUUUUUUUUUUAUUUCAAAAUAUAAAUCUGUCUGUCGUCGAAUGAACUUAAAUAGUAUUGUUUCGUGUGACGUUUUGCUUUAACCAGCUAACAUUAGACACAACUCCACUUUGGACGGCUAACUGUUUAGCACGUUAGCUUGUGAGGUAAAGCAGCCUGUGUGCUUGCUAGCAGAAGGACUCUGUGGCUUCGUUUAAAUCUUUGCAAAUUGUAUUAUUUAGUGACUACGUUUGCGUCUAAAAUCUACUGAAAAUUAGCCGGUUUUAUAAGUAUCACCUGAAUCACGUUUUCUGGCUUUAGCAAAAGAAAACGAGUCAAAGUUGAUUGAGUUUGAUCACUUUUUCUGCUAAAGGCUAAGCUAGCUAGCUACAACCGGGCUAGCUAGCUAGCUUGGCUAGCUUUUAAGCUAAAUGCUUCUUACGAGAAUGGACCUUUUGAGCCACCAAUUUAUGGAUAAAAUGAACAAUAACAUCGGAAGACUUCACUACGAUUCUUAUGAUGAUGAUUCUGGGGACUCCAGGAUGCACACACUGUCCUCUUCUACAGGAGACAGCAGGACAGGGACGCCGAUCAGUCCGAUUAAAAGAAAGUUUGAUGAUGUAGAAGUGGGGAGCGGACAGGAGUAUGAAAAUGAACAAAUGGCCAAGAUGAGCUGCUUGCUUUCUUCUCACCUGGGAAAUCCGGUGGAUGGAGACACCAGGCCAGAACCUUGGACCCACUGCCACAACUUGUUUGAGCAGGCUUCCUCUGCCAUCAGCGGGCUCCAUGCUGGCCGUCUGUAUUCGCCGUUCCACUUCUACGCCAUGGAGCAGCCGUUGGCUCUGACCAAAAACAGCACGGACACGGCCAUGUCCUCUUUCCCCACAUCACUCAGCUCCACAGAGCGACAGCAGAAUCGUCCCUCGGUGAUCACCUGUGCUCCAGCAAGUAACCGCUCAUGCAGCCUCUCAAACUGUCACAUGUCUCCAAACGGCUUCUCCUCCGCCGUCAGUAACGCCAAGAGCAAAGCUAACGCCAACGCUGUGUGUGAUCCUGUGAUUGAGGAACACUUCCGCCGCAGUCUGGGGAACAUCUAUAGAGAGCCGGAGGUGGCGUCUAACUCUGUGUCCAUCACCGGGUCAGUGGAUGAUCACUUCGCCCAGGCACUGGGAGACACCUGGUUACAGAUUAAAGCCAAGGGCAGUGGCUCCGGGAGUCCUGAGUCCACUUCAUAAAGUUCAUAGAACCUGUCUGAACCUUCUGGGUUGGUUUGUCCUGGUUAAACUCCUUUCACAUCAAGUCUGAGCGCAGAAAUGAUCAUUAUUGUUAUUAUUAUUAUUAUUAUUAUUAUUAUUAUUAUUAUUAUUAUUAUUAUUAUUAGGUGUUUGGCUGAACAGACUGUCUUCCAUGCCUGAAGAAUAAUUUUUAUUCUUAGGCUUUAGAUUGGAUCAGUAAUUUCUCUUUCAGAUCUUAGACCAUAAGGAUCACACAUAGGAUUAUAAACAGACACAGUUGUGUAGGAAUGACGGCACUAAAUUAAAAACAGCAGUAUGUAAUGUUUAAACCUUUUUACCUUGUAUACCACACAGGUCUCCCCUGAGGUCUGAUUUGUACUUCUGUCCAAAUAUAUUUUAGUAUAUUUUAUUUUAUUUUAAAUUUAAAAAGAAAAAGCUGUUUAAAUGUGACUCAGAAUCACAACCAGAGCACACAGUUCAACAGAACAAGCCAGGAAUCCAUUCCUGACCCUAAAUAAAACUAUACUGCAGUAAAACACUACAUUACUACACUAUUUUUAAGGCUUAGUCUGAAUCAGAGUGAAACUGGUUAUUUUGGUUAGCUUGGUAUUUGGCACAUUUUACAAGUUAAAAUUGUACAAAACAAAUCUUGUUUAAUUCUUCUUCUUCUUCUUCUUCUUCUUCUUUCGGCUUUUCCCUUCAGGGGUCGGCACAGCGAAUUACAGAUAAAAAAGAUUUCACCUGAGUACAGAGAAUACAGAUCAGGCACUAAAGAGACCAUUUGAUAAUUGUGUAAAUAAAUCGCUUGUGUUUCUCUACAGCACUACAAUCAGUGUUACUCAGGAAUAAGAAGCCAGUUUGAUUCACUUCCUGCAGUGAGUCGAUACAGAGUCGAAUCACUUUCUCAGUGGAAUAGACUCGAUAGCACAUUGUACUUCUGUCACUAAGACUCUCGGACCCCGGUGUGAUUGCACGACUGUGUCUAAAGAGCACUGAGGAACACACCAGGCUUGUGUUCACACACUGAGUUUCCUGUACAGUGUGCUUAGUGUAACUCCACACUGGUCCUCUAGUGACAGGGUCUGAUAACACACACUACUGUCAGCAUUUCAUACACAUAUUUGCAGGACUAUAAAUCAGACUAAAAAUGGGGUGGGGCUUAUCCCUGAGCUGUGGAUGGGGGUGGAGCUAAAUGUGUAAACACAAACACGUACUUGCAUUAUACUGUUUCCUACAGAAUAUACAGCUUUAACCUGUACAAAUGCCUUUAAGACAUUUAGAGUGAAAGUUAUUACUGUGACGAAGCUCAGAUCGUUACGUAUCACCACCAGAUUCCUCAUUAUACUCAUGUCCUUAUAGCAGGGUCUCAGUCCUGUGGUGUCAUUAUGCAGUGCCUUGUCUAGUGUGAACCUGAUGCACCUAUAGGAGCAGAGAAACAGGACUUGGUGUGAAAGGUGAAACAGAAAGGUUUUUGAACAAUAGAUCGUUGUGAACAGGGCAAUGAACAAAUAUCAGUCAUGGGGUUUGUUUUGAAAGGCAGCCAAAGAAGCUUUCUUCUGUUUUGAUUCAUGUGCUGUAUUUUAUAACCGUCUCAAAUGUGCAGAUUUUUAGGUUUUAAACAAAAGACAAAAACCUACAAUCCAGGAGCAUCUUGCUAUUCUGUUAUCAGAUGGAUCAUAAUUCUGCAUUUAGUCAUAAUCACACCGAUUCUCAACACACCACUAAGAUACGCAUCAUCCUGGGCUUUGGGCCGAGGACGCGUUUACGUUUUCAUGGCUAACACACACUCAUUAACCCGACACACAACCUGCGUCUAUUUUACUCACAAUCUUUAAUCUGCUUAAAUAUGUACUUCAAAUAGCUGGUAUCUAUUACACAGACUUCUAUCUUUAUCCUGUUGGUUCUUAGUUUUAUUUUUUAAUCAGUAACAGUUAUAGAAAGUCCUGCUGCUGGAACAGUGUACUCAAUAUAUUUUUUUAACAAAUGUCUUUUAGAUAGAACGGCAUCUCGCUUUGAAGCACAGCCUCUGGAAAGGCAUUUACAUGCAGUAUACACAGCUUUUAUAGAAUUAUUUCACUUCUACAGAUUUCUAACACCUUCCUACAGGACUGAGUGAGAUGAACAGCAGCUUUACUGCCCCAGUUCUUUAGCACACUGCUCUGGUGUUCUACACUUUAAUGAUCAGGUUACUCACUGACCAACUUCUGGAACCGCCAUGUGCUGAUAUCUAGUUUUAUUUACAUUAUUAUAUGGUUACAGUAUUUUUAAAAAAUAUAUAUAUUUAACUGUUUUUCCAUCCUGUAAGUAAUAUUUUCUCCAUGUUCUCCAAACUGAUUUCUAGAUUUACAAAAUCGACAAACUAAAAUAACAUUUUAACACACACUAUUUGAGAAUUUCCAUCCAAACGUUUCACACAUUUUACUUAGACCUCAAAAGUACAACAACUUACUCACCGAUAAAAACUGUAAUGAACUGAUCAACAUGUGAAUCUUGACUGAUUGACAGUUAGGUAGUUGCCCCUCCUUCUUCUCUCCAUGUUGUCAGUCAGUCACAUGUUUGUGUCAGUGCUCUCGUCUCGUCUCGUCUUGUCUCGUCUCAUCGUUCACGUUUCAGUGAUGUGCUUUCUGUCACAGUAAAUGUUAAAUUAAAAAAUAGCCCCAUGUUUCAGACAGUUUACACAAAAAAAUGACACAAUCCUGCUUCUAACGGUCAGAUCUAACACUACAAAUGGCAGUAAAACGCAGCUGAACCCCACAUUACAGCAGGACAUGGCUUCAGUACUCCUCACUGUCUGCAUGGAUCUGGUGUAAAUCCUGACACAAACACGUCCUGUUUUAUUUCCACCUCCUUAAAGCUGCAAAAUUUACACUCAGUAAUGUUUAAAUAUAUAAAACAGAAGCUGCAGCCAUGUUCGAAUGAAACUUCAUCAGGACAUGUUGGGUUCCUGUCCCUGGUCCUGACUCCUAACUCCGUAUUCUCAUUUUUUACGACAGUCAGUGAGUCUGAAAUCUCGAGUGUCUGUAAUCAGUCGUCAUGAAUAAACACGAGCGAGAUUAAACGUCCUUAUCCUGAAGAAAUCGUUAGGACGGCAGGACUAUAGCGGUAAAUCCGCAGUUUCCGUGGUAACCAUUUACGUUAACACAGGGUUUAUGGUUUGUCAAAUCGGAUAACUGUCAAUGUUCCAGUGGGUUUCUACACAGAUCACAUCUCAGGAUUUUAUUUUUUACAGUUACACAAACAUCUAAUAAAAUUUUUAGUUAUUUUCAGUAAAAAAAA